AUGUUUCGAUCGGUGCGAUCUCCGGCCUCUAGGCCCGCCUUAAGCUGCCUGGUUGGGCCGAAGCCGAGCACAAGGGCACUCAGCACAUGCUUGAGUUCUUGUAGGACUCGGGCAAUGCUGACUCCGCUCAAUUCCAAACCUCAGACCUCCACCCAACAUCUGAGAUUCUUCCACCUGACAACAACAAGAAUGGCCGCCAACACGAGAACCGAGAGCGAUGCGUUCGGCGAGAUCCAGGUCCCCGGCGACAAGUACUGGGGCGCCCAGACGGAGCGCUCGCUGUCCAACUUCCGCAUCAACCAGCCCCAGGACCGCAUGCCUCCGCCGAUUGUCAAGGCAUUUGGAAUUUUGAAGGGCGCUGCGGCAACGGUCAACAUGCGCUAUGGGCUAGAUGCUAAAAUCGGCCAGGCCAUCCAGCAGGCCGCAAAGGAGGUCGCUGACCUCAAGCUGAUCGACCACUUCCCUCUGGUCGUCUGGCAGACUGGGUCUGGCACUCAGUCCAACAUGAACGCCAACGAGGUCAUCAGCAAUCGUGCGAUUGAGAUUCUUGGCGGCACUAUGGGCAGCAAGAAGCCUGUCCACCCGAACGACCACGUCAACCGGUCCGCCUCUUCCAACGACACCUUCCCGACUGUUAUGCACAUUGCUGCUGUUCUUGAGAUCGAGAACGAGCUUCUUCCUGCCUUGCACAGCCUGCGCGACGCCCUACAGACCAAGGUUGACGACUUUGAGGCCAAGAAGAUUAUCAAGAUCGGCCGGACACACCUCCAGGAUGCUACACCCCUUACACUGGCGCAAGAGUUCAGCGGCUACGUCGCCCAGCUAGAGUUUGGCAUCAAGCGUGUUGAGGGCUCGGUGCCCGACCUGCGCCUCCUGGCCCAGGGCGGCACAGCUGUCGGCACAGGCAUCAAUUCAUUCGAGGGCUUUGCCGAGGCUAUUGCGGAGGAGGUGACCAAGAUGACCGGCACCGAGUUUAAGACGGCGCCGAACAAAUUCGAGGCCCUUGCUGCACACGACGCUGUUGUCCAGGCGUCAGGCACCCUGAACACGCUUGCCACAUCUCUCACCAAGAUUGCGCAGGACAUCCGGUACCUUGGCAGUGGGCCGAGAUGCGGGCUUGGAGAGCUUAACCUGCCCGAGAAUGAGCCGGGCAGCUCCAUCAUGCCAGGCAAGGUCAACCCGACGCAAUGCGAGGCGCUGACCAUGGUGUGCGCCCAGGUCAUGGGCAACCACGUCGCGUGCACGAUCGGUGGCAUGAACGGCCAGUUCGAGUUGAACGUCUACAAACCCCUGAUAAUCCGCAAUCUGCUGCAUAGUAUCCGCCUACUUUCGGACGGCAUGCGGAGCUUUGAGCAGAACCUUGUAAAGGGUCUGCAGGCAAAUGAGGAGAAGAUCGCUAGCAUCAUGAAGGAGUCGCUCAUGCUUGUUACCUGCCUUAACCCCAAGAUCGGCUACGAUAUGGCGAGCAAGGUCGCCAAGAAUGCUCACAAGAAGGGCCUGACUCUCAAGCAGAGCGCCUUGGAGCUCGAGGCGCUGACCAGCGAGGAGUUCGAUGCUCUGGUCAAGCCAGAGCUCAUGGUCGGGCCCAAGCCUUACAAGGGCUAG